UGUACAUCGAACUGUUAGCCUCUGCAGGCUUCUGAGAGGGGUGUCCCACAAUGAGGCCAUGUACAUCGACCUCGUCGAGGUUUCUGGCUAGGUCGUGUCCAGUCAACGCACAAGCAACAGGCCGUAAUUUCGCUUCGUCUACUUGCUCCUCCAAUGCCGAGGCCGAGAGCUCUCGAGCGGCUAUGUCCCGAUCUGUCGCAGACACCAGUGCAAGUGUGACCCGAGCAGAUAGGGAGGAGGCCUUUCAGCGACGAUUGAGGCAGAUUCAAGCCUUUCGAAGACAGAAAGAGGCAACGCACAUCAAAAUACCAUUCAUACCUCAAGACGAAGCCAGUCAACCAAUAGAUACGUCACCUACACCACUUCGAGCUGCAUUAUCGACCUUGAUGGCAUCAGGGGCCGCAUUGGGCGGAUCACCAAAGAAUUUGAACAAGAAUUACAAAAAUUACAUCUAUGGCUACCGGUCUGGACUGGCCAUCAUCGAUCUUGAAAAGACGUUACCACUACUCCGGCAUGCGUCUGCUGUCAUCCGAGAUGUUGUCAAGGCAGAUGGAGUGAUCUUGUUUGUCGGAACGGCAACUGGUAUGGAAAGGUGCAUGGACAAGGCGAAGAAGCGAAUGGGAGAUAAUGGUUUCAUGACCAAUAAGUGGAUUCCCGGACUGUUGACCAACCCUCAAUCAUUAUUCGGACUCCAACCGCUCUUGAAAGGCAGCAACGCUCCGGACCUGGUCGUUUUCCUCAAUCCAGCUGACGUCUCUUUCGGAGUGAGAGAAUGCACGGUUCGCGCCAUCCCCACCAUCGCCAUCAUCGACACUCAUCUUGACCCAAGAGUCGUUACCUAUCCUAUUCCAGCCAAUGGAGACAGCCUGCGCACCGUCGAACUCAUAUGCGGCACGUUGUCGAUGGCCGGUGCUGAAGGGCGGCGGAUGCGCUUGAGGGAGCAAGAAGCGCUAUCCAGUCGAGCACAGAAGAGGGCAGCUGCUCAGGAUGAGGUCCGAGAAGAAGAAGAGCACGAAGAAGAAGCAUAAACUAGUCGUACUGUAUUCGGAAUCCCCCACUGCGCAUUAUCAUUGCAUUCGCAUAUGAAUGAGAUCACCCACGUCUCGAUCCAGCCCCACAGGGAUGUGUCCAAGAUGAUUCUGCAUUCUUGCAGAGUUCGACAGAUGGACAACACAUCGGGGCCAUUGACCAGCAGACGGGGAUUUUUGGUUCAUGUAUACAAUGAAUAAUAAUGUUUUCG